ACUGUGCUAGCGACGCUACACGCAGCUCCCACCAUGUGGUGGCUCUGGGCCUUCGGUGCUGUAGCGAUAGCUUACACAAUACGGAAAUGGUUCAAGCAUCUGCGAAACUCCUUGAUGGUGAAAGAUUUGCCCGGCAGCUCUUCGUGGUCGAUCUUCCCGUUCGUAGAAACCUCUCGAAAGUUGCUACUGUUGUGUCAGAGCGACAAGGAAACAACCAUUGCCGUAUUUAAAAUGCGAGAAAAACUGAUAAAUCAGUUCAGAAGAGAAGGGAUCGCGCGCAGCUCAGCUGGAUCGAGACCUUUGGUGUUGGUCUUCAAAGCGGAACUCGUUGAAGAAGUUUUGAAAUCUCCGAGUUUCGUCGACAAAGGCCUCGGAUAUGAUUUCCUUAGGGAUUGGCUGGGCAACGGAUUGAUCACUAGCAAUGGACCUACCUGGAAAACUCAGAGACGCAUGCUGACACCAUCUUUCCACUUCAAAAUUCUCGAUGAGUUCGAAGGGAUAAUGAUCGAUCAUAGCUCGAAAAUCAUAAAGAUGAUGAAAGAGAAUCCGGCAGAUCUGAUUGACUUCGAAUUGUCGAAAUGGGCAACAGACUGCACAAUGAGCAUCCUCUUGGAGACCGUUAUGGGACUCGAGCAGAGUGACCCGCAGGCGAGCCGGGAAUAUAUUGAAGGCCUAGAAGAAUUGAUUACUCUGCUCAUGAGGAGGUUCUCGCGACCAUGGAAUCUCAUCGACGCUUUCUAUUUCAACUCCGAAGAUGGCAAGAGAUACUUACGCGCGGUAGCGAAGAGCCAUGAUUUCACGCUCAAGGCGAUCAUGAACAAAGUCCUGGAGCUCAAAGAGCACCCAGAGCGCAUGGAAGCACGUCCGGGCCGAAAACCCGCGUUCCUCGACAUGCUCGUGAAGCUCUUCCUGGAGGGAGAACAGCUGUCGAUUGAAGAGAUCAGAGAACAGACUGACACCUUCAUGUUCGCAGGCCAUGAUACCACUGGAUGGGCGAUCGCGUGGGCUCUGUUCCAGCUGGGGCACUUACCCGAGGUUCAAGCGAAGCUCCGAGAAGAGUUUCUGCUCGUCUUUGGGAAGGACAGUACCUGCGGCUUGACUCAGGACAAGUUGAAGGAUUUGAAGUAUUUUGACAGAGUUUUGAAAGAAUGCAUGAGGCGCUACCCAUCCGUCCCUAGUGUGAGUCGUCGUUGCGCCCUCGACGGAGCCAGGCUCGGUAAAUACAAACUACCGAUGGACGCGACGGUAGUCGUGUCCAUUUAUGGGCUCCAUCGAGAUCCUGAGGUGUUUCCCGAUCCGGAGAAAUUCGACCCGGACAGAUUUCUCCCUGAGAGGGCCCAAGGACGAAGUCCGUACGCCUUCAUACCAUUCUCUGCCGGGGCGCGGAAUUGUAUCGGACAGCGCUUCGCCUUACAGGAGCUCCGCAUCAUUCUAGUGGCCAUUCUGCGGAAUUUCGAAAUACGCAGCAAAGUCCCCUUGGAGAGCAUCGACAUCGCCGGUGAAAUCAUAUUGCGCGCGAAGCAAGACUUGAUUGUCGAUUUCAUUCCUCUGGAAGUUUCGGAAAGUUCGGCAUUCACCAUGUGGUGGCUGUACGCGCUCGGUGUGUUAAUCUUGGCUCACAUAUCCCGCCUUUGCUUCAAGUUCCUCCGGAACACUCUGAUGGUGUUCGACAUGCCAAACGCCACGAUUUUUCCGUUCACGAACGACCUAAAAGCUCUGAUCGAAUUUUGGCUUAGCGACAAGGAUACCAAUGCGGCCGUAUUCGACUUCCGAAAACGACUCGUGAAUAAGUUCAGAAGCGAAGGCAUCGUGAUCGACAUGAUGGGAAUGACUCCUGUCAUGAACGUUUACAAAGCAGAACUGGUCAGGGAAGUUCUGAACUCACCUCAUUUCGCUGAGAAAGGACUCUAUUACGAUUUCUUGAAAAAUUGGCUGGGUGAUGGCCUGAUCACCAGUGGCGGAUCAAUUUGGAGAAGCCAUCGACGCUUGCUUACGCCUUCUUUCCACUUCCAAAUUCUUGAUGAUUUCGGAGCUGCGAUGAUAGACCGUUUCUCAAGUGUCGUAAGAACCAUGAGGGAAAAUCCGUCGAAUUCCGUCGACAUCGAUCUACCCAAAUGGGCUACAGAAUGCACGAUCCAUAUCAUCCUGGAAACCGUGAUGGGAUUACAGCUAACGGAUCGGCAAGCACAGCGCGCCUACGCCGAUAAUCUGAACGAGCUUGCGACUCUCUUCGCUCAGAGGUUCUCUCGUCCUUGGAAUUAUGUUGACUCUUUGUAUAAGAGGACCCCAGACGGCAAAAGAUAUUUUCGUGCAGUGAGGAAUGCCCACGAUUUCACGCUCAAGGUGAGCUAUUGAUGCUCCGGAUUCCUGCUCCGGGCCCCGACGAAUACUCGCAGAAUAGAUAUGAGCAUCAGGGAGACGAGCGAGAAUUUAUUUUCCCCGCCUCGUCGGAAUCACGACUCGUUCCUAGGCCGUCCGAACCGGAAACUCGCCUUCCUCGACCUUCUUGUCGGCCUGUACCUCAAGGGAGAGCAGCUUUCAAUCGCAGAAAUUAGAGACGAGACCGAAACCUUCAUGUUCGCUGGUUUCGACACCACUGGAUGGGCCAUCUCCUGGAGUCUGUUCCAACUAGGCCACCUCCCGGAGGUUCAGGCGAAACUACGAGAUGAAUUCGACUCCGUUCUCGGUGAAAACAAGGUCGGCCUCAGGUCAUACGAGGACUUGAGGGAGCUGAGAUACUUCGACAGAGUUCUGAGAGAAUGCAUGAGGCUUUACCCAUCCGUGCCUCAGAUAGGCCGCCGUUGCACCGCGGAUGGUGCCAAGCUCGGAAAGUACAAGUUACCAGUGGAUACAUCGAUUUCUGUAUCGAUAUACUCCCUCCAUCGAGACCCGGCUGUGUUCCCCGAUCCCGAGAAAUUCGAUCCGGACAGAUUCCUCCCCGAGAACGUGGCGGGGCGCAAUGCUUACGCUUACAUCCCCUUUUCUGCCGGUGCAAGGAGCUGCAUCGGACAGCGCUUCGCCUGGAUGGAAAUCCGCAUACUUUUAGUGAAUAUCCUGCGGAACUUCGAGAUACGCAGCAAAGUCCCCCUGAGCAGCAUCGUGGUCGCUGAGGAAAUGAUACUGCGCGCAAAGAAUGACUUGACGGUGGACUUCAUUCCAUUGUGA